UUUUAAAGAUAAAAUUAUUCAACUAAAAAUUAAUCGGAAGAAUCGGUUUUAUCACCAGCGUCUGUCGAAGAGGGUAUUGUACAUAUAAAAUAGGUGAAUUCCCAUUUGUAAAUUAUUCACCGAGAUAUAAGAUAAACACUUCUUUUAAAGUCUCUCUCUUUCCGUGAUUCUCUCUCUCUCUCUCUCUAAGCAAAGUUCCAAGUUUUGGUAAACGAUUGACUUAGCAAUUAUAAGGCGUAAAAAGUGUUAAGACCGCACAUUUUGAUUCAAGAGGAAUCAGUCUGUGACAAGUUGUAUCAAAAUGAAAGUUUGUAUGUGACGAGGGAAGAUUUAGUCCGAGAGUAUGGUUAAGGUAAGUAAAGAUAAGAAAGUUAGCUUGACGUCCUGAGUUCAUGAGGAACGCAUAAGGGAGACAACGUUUUUUCAUGUUGGAUGUGUUAAAUAAAAGGAGAGAAGAGACAUCAAGGUGAAGGCAUGAAGGGAUGAGAGGAUUCUGAAUGAGGAAUCAGUACAUGAGGGAUGUCCGUACAAGCCAAGGCCGUACAAGUGAGGCCGUACACUUAGGGAAAGAGGAUCAUUCUAAAGUUACCCAAGUGGAGUUAACUUGAGAGAUUAACCUUGUUACAGCCUUAUCCUGAUCAGUCCGUUGAGGGAAGAAGACCAGCGCGUCUCUAGCUGUUCCAGGCUGUAAAGCAAACAACAUCUUGGUCUUAGAUGCCAAGAUACCAAAGCGUGUAGGCUCUCCCAUUGGAUCAUUUCAAAUGGACGCUCCUCUUCCCCUUUGACUCUACAUGCUUAUACUUUCUCUAAUGUUUAACCUAGUGUCUCUUUCCCUUACUAUAUAACUUGUACUCUGAUUGAUUAAUGAUAAUACACGAGUUUAUGAGUCUCUCUCUCUAGUUCAUCAUGAUAAUCUCAUACACUUUCUCUUAAACACUCUAAUCUCUCUUGAAUCUCUCUUAGACUUCUCAAUACCUUUCUUAUUCUCUAAAAUCAUAUGCUAUCAGAGCCAGGUUGGCUGUGGUAUUGAGAUCUUGUGUUCUUCAGCUUCAGAUAAAAGUUCUUUCUUGUGAGAUUCUAAACAAAGUUCAAGCAAAUCAAGAUGGGAGGAAACAAGGUUAUUACGGUUCCGAUUUCACUCAAGGGUGGGGGAAACUACCUGUUGUGGUCUAGGCUUGUGAAGACAGCCAUUGGGAGGCUAGGGUUAUGGGGUCACAUCACAGAUGAAGCUCCAGCACCAGUGGCCAGUGAGGAAGAAGGUGGAAGAGAGCUCGCGGUUGCUGAUGGAAAGAAGUGGAUUCAAGAUGACUUGAUGGUGCUAUCUGUGCUGCAAGGAUCACUUGAAGAACCUCUCUUGGAAGCCUACAACUACUGCGAGACUCCAAAACACCUGUGGGAGGUACUCCAAAAGACUUUUGGGAACGUUACCAAUCUGAACCGUGUGUAUGAGAUCAAGAAAGCUAUCAACACACUGGUACAAGAUGGAGAGGAGUUCACCAAGCAUUUGGGCAAGUAUAGAUCCUUGUGGUCUGAGCUUGAAUCGUUGAGGCCAAGCACUACUGACCAGGAGCUACUCAUGGAGAGGAGGGAGCAGGAUCAGGUGUUUGGGUUGCUGUUGACGUUGGAUCCUCCAUUCAACGAUGUGAUCAAGCACAUGUUGAGGAUGCCAAAUCUCCCAUCCAUGGAGGAAGUGUGUGCGCAACUUCAGAAGGAGGAAGGGUCACUUGGGCUCUUCGGAAGCAAGGGAGACUUAGCUUUAGCCAACAAGGCUGAGGAAGGAGCGCAAGCUAACCGUGCAGCAUACAAGACUGAUGAGAGGAAGUAUGGUGAUGAGAGGAGGUUUGGAGGCAACUGUGAUCACUGCAAGAAGCCAGGACACAAGAGGAGCCAGUGCUGGAUCCUUCAUCCCCAUCUCAAGCCGGCCAAGUUCAACAAGGACCGAGAAGCCAGAGCUAACCUGUCUACUGAAGCAAGUGAAGCCGGCCCAUCAGGAGCAGGCUCAAGUGCACAAGUGGGUGAAAGCGCAGGCAAGGCAAUGGCAACUCACUACACGGCCGCAAAGAGUUUGGAGCAUGAAGUGAUCCGCAAAUCUGACAUUGAUGCCCUCAUCAAAGCUCUUAAGGAGUCUGGAUAUUGAGAGCAAUAAGUUGAUCGGACAAGGAGUAACCAAGGGGGAUCUUUAUGUACUUGGAGACAUUAACCCCAUUUCUAGUUGUUUGCUGAGUUUUGUUUUAAGUAAAGGUGCAUUAUGGCAUUCUAGGCUAGGACAUCCACAUGUUAGAGCCUUAAGCUUAAUGUUUCCAGGUGUCAUGUU